GGAUGGAUAGAAUGUGUCGGUUGUGCCGAUCGUUCUGCAUAUGAUUUAACUGUUCAUUCAAACCGUACAAAAGAAAAACUUGUUGUACGUGAAAGCUUAGCAGAGCCAUUAAUCUACGAAAAAACUGUUUUGGAAAUCAACAAGAAAAUUUUUGGACCUAAAUUUAGACAAAAUGCAAAGAUAGUGGAGGAUUAUUUAACUGGCUUGAAUGAAGAACAAUUGGAAGCGUUGAAAAAAAAAUUAGAGGAUGGAAAUGGUAAAACCUUGGUAUCUUGUGUUGAUGAAAAUCAAUAUGAAAUAUCGAGCGACUUUCUUACUAUUCAGAAACAGACUAUUACAGAACAUAUCAGGGAAUAUAUUCCCAAUGUUAUAGAACCAUCCUUUGGUAUUGGCCGAAUCCUUUAUUCAUUAAUUGAACAUGUGUAUUGGACACGUGAAGGUGACGAACAAAGGGCGGUUUUAUCAUUCCCUCCGCGCGUUGCACCUUUCAAAUGUUUACUUGUGCCUCUAAGUAAUAAUCCUACGUUUUCUAAAUUUGUACGCGAUCUCUCUUUUAAACUUCGUAAGCUUCAUAUUGCCAUCAAGGUAGAUGAUUCUUCCAAUUCAAUUGGGCGCCGAUAUUCUCGCAACGAUGAGCUUGGUACGCCAUUUGCGAUUACCAUCGAUUUUCAAACUGUAAAUGACGGAACUGUAACUUUGCGAGAGAGAGAUUCUACUAAACAAAUCAGAGAAAAGGCUGAUACCAUACUUCAAGUUCUUAAAGAUUUGGUUGAAGAAGAUAUCACUUGGGAAGAAGUUUUAUUAAAAUAUCCUACAUUUGUACAGCAAGAACUUGACUAA